UUGAUAUUUUUAAUAUAAGAGGAAAUACUAGGUGCUGGAUUGCAGUUUAAUAUGAGUAGAAAUGGGGAGGAUUGGUUUUACAGCGUAACAAGGGCUCGUCGGAGUCGAAAUCACCUGCGGAGAACCCAAAGUGACGUCACCACCAGCCGCUCUCAGAGCCGAGCUGAUGAGCCUCUGGAAAAAGGUAAGCUGGUUGAUGCUGUGCUGAAGGUAGUGGCAACCGAACCGUCACCAUCGUGUAAUCUGAAGCGGUUCUUGGAGUCCGUCAUCCCUUCAGUUCCGGCUCAACAUUUAUCCAAGACGACGAUUAGGGGAUGGAAAACAUGCAAUGUGGAGUUUCAGCCAUACUUUGUGCUAGGUGAUUUAUGGGAGUCAUUCCAGGAAUGGAGUGCAUAUGGUGCUGGAGUGCCAUUGUUAUUGAAUGACAGUGAUUCUGUGGUUCAAUAUUACGUGCCCUAUUUAUCGGGUAUUCAAUUGUAUGCUGACCAUUCAAAGAGUUCAGCAAAAUCAAGGUACAUACUUAUUGCAUAUGUUCCUUUCAGAUAAAAAUACUGACCUUUUGGGGGAUGAAUUCAGUGAAGCUUAAUAUACUUUUGAAAGGAAAAAUAAAGGAGAAACUGAUGCAGGAAGACUCAAAGACAUGCUGUUCUCGUGUUCC